ACGUAUGUUGUACGAUAUAUAUUCGAUUCACCGGAAUGAGAAAUUCAGUGUUGCAAGUGCAGUUAUUUAAGUUAACAGUUAAUAAAACUCGUAAUAAAUAAAGGAAGAAAUUUAUUAAAAUGAAGAAGCUUCUUAUUGUGGUCUUUGUACACUUUUUCGUGUUUAAACCAAUAGAAUCGGAAACGACGGAAUAUAUUGAAAAUAUGUCAAAUGAAACUUCCAACGAGGACUUUUGUUUCAAUAUGAGUGGAAUAGCUCCUGAACAAUUGUUCUUCAUGGAUCACUUGGAAAGAUUGGAAAAAUCAGAAAGGGAGGAAUUUAGAUACAAAAUUGGUUGUUACUUGUCAUGUUUGUUUCAACAGUACAAAACUAUGGAUGGUGCCCACAUUCAAAUAUCGGAUAUGAUCGAGUUGUUCAAAUCGGACUCAAAGUUCUACGCAGAAGACACACAAAAGGAAAUUGACGACAUCGCCAUUACUAUAGAAAUGUGUGCCAAACAAGUCGAAAUAAUAACCGACGCAUGUGAAGUGGGAUGGAAAUUUGGAAAAUGUAUGAAGCUAAUACCAAAUGAAGCUAAUGACAAAUAAUAAAAAAAUAAAAUAUACUAGUGGAUUUACAUAACUUUAUAUAUUAUAAAAUAAAAAUAUAUAUAAUAAAAUAUAAUAAGUAUAAUUUAA